CACACACACACACACACACACACACUGCGUGAGGACAAACGAGUAGAGCAGCUCCACUUCAGCUGGUAUAAAGCAGUAGAAGUUGAUAAUCUGGUGUUGUGUCUCCUGAAGAAGGCCGGCGCCCCACAGGGUGAAGAUGUAUAACAGCAGCAGUUCAUACAGCUAUGCAGACUCACUGCAGUCGAAUUACUCUUUAGAUGAAUCCUCCUCAGAGUGUUCUAGUUUAUCACGGCCCAGCGCUAAAGCCAUUUACAUUCGCAGAAAGGAAUAUGCCGAAUCCAUCAACAAACAGCUGGCCAAAUUCCAGUACAGGGUUGAGCACCUGUUCACCUGUGAGCUGGACGGUGUGGAGGUCUCAGGCCUGCAGGACUGUGUGGAGCGUCUGAAGAUGUUGGAGAUGAUGGGGCGAGUGUGGGCACAGGACAUGAGCCUGGAGGUGGACAAUGGCAAUCUGCUGCUGAGAGACAUCGAGACUAAAGAGGAGUUGGACCGCGUUUCUCUGCUCAGUGUGUCGGAGGUAACAGCGAUGUUAGACGCAUGUGUGUUUAACUCUCUGCUGUUAAUCUCGGUGUGUGAGCGACAGAUUGUCAGUGUCUUCAUGUUCCAGUGCGAAUCGCUGAGAGCUGAUUAUAUAAAGCGAGAUCUUGAGCGAGCGUUACAGACCACCACCAACAACAACCGAAACAACAACAGGGGGCGACUCGAGACCCAUGUGGUAAAGAACAAUAGAAGCACGUACUCUUCUCCAGAACAGAGAGAAUGGACUCCGCCUCACUCUGCUCCUGACGAAUGGACCGUUCCAGAUUAUGCUCACUCAGAUCAGACUUCGCCUCUAACUCCACCCACAAGGGGACGAGAGCCAGUCUACAGUAGGACAGAGUCAGUGACUCCACCCCGUCAUUCUGAUCCAAGCCCCGCCCCCUACACUGAAAGAGAGAGGAACGUGGACAUCCUGAAUCACCUGAUUAAUGACAUCGAGCAGUUCCUGGCUCUCGUUCUCACUGCGGCUCCCAAAGUUGACAAGAAAAAAAAGAAGAAGAAAAAAACCCAGAAAGGACUACCCUCAGAGGAGAAGUUUAAAAUUUGCCUGCAGAAAAUCAAAAUGGCAUUUAACUUGUUGGCGACACUGAACGGUCAGAUCGAGUCCCCCAGUGCUCCAGAACUCACACACGGUCUCUUCUCCAUCUUGGAAUUGGUUGUGAGUCGGUGUGUAGAUGAUCUCCCUCCACGUGUCGUUGCUCCGCUGUUGGAGCCGGAGUGUGUGCGCUUCCUGAGUGAGGAGGCAACACAGGAGGAGGACCAGCUGUGGCAGUCACUAGGAGAUGCCUGGAACAUCCCCAGGACUCAGUGGCCGGAGGAUGAUGAUGACAUUCCAGUCUUCACUCCAGUAUUUGAUGACGGUUGGAAGCCACCGAAUGUCACACACACUCAAAGGAAAACAAUGAGCCAGGAGAGCCAGCAGUCUACCACAGGACAAAGCAUUAAGACUUUUCAGGCGGCACAGACGAGCUCUAAGGACGUGCCGCUGAGCUCUUUGCGUGUGCUAUAUGACUUCAGAGCAAGAAACGGCCGAGAGCUCAGUGUGUGGAAGGGUGAGAUGGUGGAGGUGUUAGACAUGUCUAAGCAAUGGUGGAAAGUGAGGAACAAUCAUGGUGAAGAAGGUUUCGUUCCUAAUAAUGUCCUGAAGUCCACAGAAAGCGAGGACACACAGGGGGCGGCACCAAACCCGGUCCUGACCAGGAAGUCUCGGCCGGAGGAAGUGAAGGUCUGGCUGGAGCACAAGGAGUUCAGCAACAUCACCGUGCGCUGUCUCGGCGGUCUGAGUGGUGGUAUGUUGUUGGGGAUGACAUUAGAAGAAUUGAAAAUUAUUUGUCCAGAGGAAGGAAGAAGAGUGUUUUACCAACUACAGAACGUCAAAUCUGCACUAGCUCUUGCCAAAGAAGCGAUUCUGCCAAACUGAGAAUUUACAAGAAGAGAAAGAAGACACUACCAUGAGCACACACACACACACACACAC